AUGAGAGUCAAGGGGGCGGAUAGCGGAAGUGGACAGGCAGCCGGAAGUAGCUGGAAUCACCGUGGGCUUGAGCUACUGGCAGGAUCCUGAGGUUCGAAGAGGAGGCAGCCAUGGAAUUGGGCGAGCUGCUGUACAACAAGUCCGAGUACAUCGAGACGGCAUCUGGGAACAAAGUUAGUCGCCAGUCUGUUUUGUGUGGAAGCCAGAACAUUGUUCUCAAUGGCAAGACCAUUGUAAUGAAUGACUGUAUCAUCCGAGGAGAUCUGGCAAAUGUAAGAGUUGGACGUCACUGUGUUGUUAAAAGCCGUAGUGUCAUAAGGCCACCAUUCAAGAAAUUCAGUAAAGGUGUUGCAUUCUUUCCUCUACAUAUUGGGGACCAUGUCUUUAUUGAGGAAGACUGUGUGGUCAACGCUGCUCAGAUCGGUUCUUAUGUUCACGUUGGGAAGAACUGUGUGAUUGUGAGUAUAUAACUCACUCAAGCAGCA